UAUAUUGCAGGGACAUGCGUAAUGCAUAAGUAGAAAUGCUUAUUGUAAGUGUGAGUAAGAAAUCCCUCAGUUGGCUUUAUCUGCAAUUAACGGAUAAAUCAUAAUACUUAUAUUAAGCACCACAAUACCGUAUGAUUAAGCAUCGCUUUUUAUAUAGCGCUGUGUACAGUCAUGACGAAAAUUUAGAAGUGCCCUUAUAAGGUUUGGAUUUUAUUUAUUCUUCCUUACGAUUGCAGCGCCUGUAUGUGCAAGUUGAAAUGCGCAGUGAAAUAAUCUUACUUUUAUUUGGAAUCAAAAGCAAAAACUAAGCCUAACUCAUAACUGUAAAAUAAAAUCAUGGACAAAAAAGACAAAAUCAAACCUAAAAGCGCGAAUCAGACUCCUGACCCACAAAUCACAGAUCCUGCUAUUCCUGACGGGAUUCAGGUUACACUGGAUUUGCAGCAUCCUUUAUUUGCCACAGUGGAGUAUGAAAACGGGGAUCGCUACGUUGGCGAAUAUUCUGCAUCAGAUCUGGACAACCGUCUAAUGCGCAACGGAGUUGGUAAAUAUGUGACCUUUGACGGACACCUUUACAGUGGACACUGGAAAAAUAAUAAGCUGUCUGGACCGAUCUGCUUGCAUGUAUGGCCGUUAAUGAAUGUUCAUUAUAAAGGCGAAAUGUUGGACGGACAGUAUCAUGGGGAAGGGGAAUAUUCUGACGGGAAAAUCCACUAUUUUGGACGCUUUUGCAAUGGAACAAUGUGCGGACCAGGAGUCUUGACGGACUGUCUAGGAGGAAGAUGGACCGCUGUUCAAAAUCGUAACAAUACGCUGCGGUUUUGGCUGCGUAGUUAAUUCAAUAUCUUCAAAGUGCUCUUCAGUUCAGUGGAUUUUUUGUUGCCUAAAAUACGUACUCGUAUAACAAAAACAGUACAAGGAGGUUUUAUAUCAUAGAGAUUCUGUCGGCUCAUUGUAUGCAAUUGGCGCUGUUGGUUGACCUUUCCGUAAACUGGGUUUCCCUUAAUCCACAUACAGAAGAUAUUCUGCUGCCAAUAGGUAAAAACGAAUCUAAUA